CGAUAGGGCAGUAGUGUGGGAUAGAUCGACAUCACUGGGAAAUACUGUUAAAAUGUUUUUGCACGACAUACACAGGCCCUCUAAGAUGCGAAUCCAUGCGCCGCUGCAAUAUCGCAAGAAGACCAUGGAGAAUUUUAGCGUGCACAGUAAAUUGAAGAAGUUUUUUAGGCCAACGCCGCAGCCCCCAGCAUUACCACCUAAAGACAGGCCAAUGAUUGUUCCACCCCCUCUACCAAGGAUCAGGCGUCCAGUGCCUAAGCCCCCUCGGAUUGUACAUAAAACCCAAGUCACAGCUAAAGUCAGCACUAAGCUUUCGUUUGCUGUGCAACGACAUAACAUGACUGAAUGUCGUCCGUUCAGUCCCUCAAGCAUUUUGCAUCAGGGCUGGCUUAAGAAGCAAGGAGGCGUUAUAAAAUCAUGGCAACGGCGGUUCUUUGUCCUAGCUGAGGAUCAUAUGUACUACUACCAACGAGAAGAUGAAACAAAACAUUUAGGAGCGAUUCCGCUGAAAGGCAACAAGGUUUUCAAACAUCCCCACAAUCCUGAUGACCCGAAGUUCUUAUUUGAGAUUUCACAGGGUGAGGGGCAUACUGGUAGGAUGGCUGGAAACCAUGACACCUUCCUUCUAAUGGCAGCCACACAGAUUGACAUGGACAACUGGAUACAGGCAAUCCAGCGAGUCAUGUACGCUAGAGUUGGUGGAGGUGUAUUUGGUCAAAGCUUACUGGAUAUUAUUACGAAUGAGAGUACAACUUCGACAAAGACGAUUCCUUCCAUUGUGGAGCAGUGCGUCAAGUACAUAUCAGAAAAUGGUCUAAAAGAAGAGGGUAUUUUCAGGUUGGCAGGGCGGUCCAGCAUGAUAAAGACGUUGCAGGAUUCAUUUGAUGCUGGGGAUAAACCAGAUUUCGACAGGGAGCGUGUUGAUAUACACACAGUUGCAUCACUGUUGAAACUCUACCUACGUGAAUUACCAGAACCAGUUAUUCCAUGGGCACACUACGACGAUAUUAUGAACGGUAUCAGAUUGUACCUUCAAAAUCCAGAACAGGGUCGAAAAGAACUUAUAAAGCAACUUGCACUCCUACCGCGUACCAAUUACAAUCUCUUGCGCUACAUGUGCGAUUUCCUACACAGCGUUUCCUUACACGAAGAAAAAAAUAAGAUGAAUGUGCAAAACAUCGCAACAGUUUUCGGACCAAAUAUAAUUCGGCCAAAUACCGACAGUCCAGCAUCGCUGAUGCAGUCAACCACACUUAGUCACAAGUUUGUACAUUUGAUUAUUGAAAAGCAUAAGGAAAUGUUUCCUCCAAAUGAUAUGAUUGAUUUCACGGCAAAUACAACACCUCCAUUAACUAAAUUAAUCCCAAUUCAGCCGUACUCUCAACCACACAUUCCUGUUGCACCUCCAAGGAAAAAGUCGGCAAAUCCGCACCUUGACCUUAUCAAAGAAGUAAAGGUCAAUGACCAUAAUUUAAACAAAGUUGAUGAAGGAAAGCUGAUUGAUAUUGAUGAUCCGCCAGUUAUUCGACGAGAAAAGUUCAAAACGAAAAGUCCCAGCAUUGAUGAAAUGUUUACCGUGAGUCAGGAGGUUUCCACAAGCUUGGAUCAAAUGGUAAUAAAGAGGUCUACCUCCCAAGCACAUUACGCUAAGCCAUUCUCAAAUCGCAAUAACUCUAUUCACAUUGAGGAUGAAACAUUUCUACUUGAUGGGGCCUCGUUUGAGGAUCCCAUGCAAUUUCAUUCAAAUGGGGUUGUGAAUGAUCAUAAGCAUUUCCUUCCGGAACGGCCGCCGAAACCACUUCAGAGCAAUAAUGCUGGUAACGUUGAUUUUUCACAAAGUAUCCCUGAUGUCGCACCUGUGAUUGAUCGCACACUCACUUACGAGCACCUUCAACAACAGGUGGAAGUUUUAAAGUUGGAGUUAAAAAGACAAAAAGAAGAACAUGAACAGAAAUUACACAAAAUGGAAAUGAAGUACGCUGCCCUGGAAAUAAAGUUCCUUAACGAGGAAUCUGCUAGAAAGUCAGCGGACGAACGUAACCGACACCUUCUCCAACGAGUGAAUACAUUCUAUGCAGAAUAUGGCCCAAAGUAACAUUGACCCACAAGCUACGUAUCAAAUUAUCGGAGAAGAUUAAUAUCGUACCUGUACCAGUGACAGAGUAAUUGAGAUGCUGUUACUAAUGAGGCUUGUAGAGACUGGUAUAUAAUAGAUUUUACUAUUACUUUACUUACACUUAAGACUGUGUUCAUGUAGCAACAUGAACGAAAGUGUAAACUUAUUAUUGCUGUAAAUUAAUUUGCUUCAAAUCUAAUCAUUGAAAAAAAUUGUAAAGAUGAUUUGGAAUUUAUUUUUUAUCAAAUUCAAUUUUUGAUAGAAUAAAUAAUUAUGUAUUUUUGUAAAAAUUAUUUUUUGGAUAUUUUUUUAGAAUAGCUGAAAUAUUUGCCUUAUCAAGAAACUAAUAUCUUAUACUGUGAUUAUGCCUUCUUUACUUUAAUUGAUUGUAGCAUAUUAUAUCAAAUGUAACAACCAAAAGAAUGUAUGGAAACUUGUCAAUAUUGUCCAAUACCGGCAUCAAUUAUGCUUUGUUACUCUUACUCAUAGUGAGAAAAAUGUUGUAAUACAUUCCACAGCCAGUGAUUGGGCAAAAUCUCUGUAAUGAUAUGUUAGAGUAGGCUACAUACAUACAGUAUGUACGAAAGAAACCAGGGAGUGAUUCUCCUAGUCUGACUAAAAAGUAACAUCUGUGGUGAGUCGAAUGGCCGAGCGGUUAGCAGGGGCACCGCAAGCUAUAGCCAUAAUAUCAGUGCUGGUUCACACGACACGUUCGCCUAUGGUUCUGGUGGUAGAACAAGUUUUCUUGGAUAAAUAAACCGUAGGCCCAGUGUAUACAAUGGCUCGUGUGCACUAUAAAGAACCCAGUACAUCCUUCGAGACGAGUAGAGGGAUACCCCAGUGUACUGAAACAGACAGCCCCUGUGGUGGACGACGAGAGUUGCUGGUACCGGGUUACCGGGUAGCACAGACACGAAGGGACCCUUAGGGGCAAAGAAAGUCAUUGAUUGAGUUCCUAAUCCACAUAUCUAGCGCCCUGAGCAUCUUAAAUUAGAUGGAUAUGUGCGCUAUAUAAAACUGCAUUAUUAUUAUUUAUUAUAAUCCCUACCCUCUAUUCUGCCGUCUUCAAAAUCUUUUAUUCUUUCACUGCUUUCUUUCACUGCUUUAUAAUCUUUUCUAUAUCUGGAUAUAUCUAUUGAAAAUUUUUUAUAUGUAUAUAUAUGCUUGUAUAUGUAACUGUAAAAUAUUUUUACUACUACUUUUACUAUUUCUACUCUAGGCUAUAAAAUACUGAUGAUAAAACCUCAUAACUCCACUCUAUUAUGAAGGGGUGGAUUUACACAUGCCCCUUCCCCCAUUCUACCACUUCCAUUUGUAAUUUUUCAACAAAAAAUACAAAAUGGAAUAUAAAGACAAAAUGUUACAAUAUAAACAGCAUAAACUAAACAUUUAUUAUGCAUCUAUUAAGAGUUGUUUUGGGAGGAUUCUGCUCAACCCACUAUCCCCAUGCUAGCACACCUUACCUUAUACUAUUUUGAGAAAGUUCCCCUCUCAUUUAAAAAAUCCUGGAUCCACUAAUGCUCUGUGUGAGCAAAAUUCAGAUAGCGGUGCUUCGGAGCUUGCAUUGUGUUAAUUCAUGGCAUCCUGAUGCGACUUGGAUACCAAUAGUUCUGUGUUUUGAUUUUUAUUUUGUAGAAUAUGGUUGAUUCUGUUUAAUGCUCUGAUAUUUGUGCUUUUGUAAUGACGCUAUGAAGUUAAAUUUAAUUAUAAAUGAAAUGAAAUUAAUACAUGUAUUAAUUAGUAAUAAUAUCGUUAGAAUUUGUAAAGGACCUUUUUGCCUUAUAACAUAGUACUUUUUCUGCAGAAAAUUAUUGAAAUUUCAAAAAAAUAGUUAUUUUCCAAACUCCCCGCAAAGUUGCACUGUAAGUUGCACACUCAGUUACACUGUAUAUUCAUUGUUUUCAGUCAACAAGAUUUUUGGUAUCAACAAGCAGAAAGGUACCUAAUGUUAUCACUUACAUUAAAAAAAUGCACAAAUUAAGUUGUGUUUUUUUCAUGAAAACAAAAAAAAAUAAAAUAUGUACUGCGCACACUUGUUGUUACAAACUUGUUUUUAUAUAUUAUAGAAUACAAGAGUGUUUCACAUCAACAUCUGUCUGCAAUAAACUGUCUACUUUGUGUUUUUUUCAUAUUGUUAGCAAUAAUAUAAAUAAUUAGUGAAUGUUUAUAUAGUGCAUACAACUUGUUUUGUAACAACAGCAAACCUGUAACUAAUAAUAGUAUAUUAUAAUAAUGCUAAUACAGUAAUAAUAAUAAUAAUGAUAAUAGCAAUAAGAAUAAUUAUACAGCAGUUCACACACAGCCAUCAGUUAUGUGUGUAUAUGUAUGAUAUAAUAAAACUAUUUUUAUGAUUCAUUUUGUGCAUAUGAAAUGUGUGUAUAAUGUAACAUAGGUGAGUUCACUUGUAUAAUAAUGCAUGAUGUGUAUGUGUUUAUAUAAUGUAAAUCUGUGACUAUUGUAAAACAGCAUUCCUGAAUGCAUGGUUUUAUGAAAAAGCAGUAUCAAAAACUAUUGUUAUACAGGUAGAAAUACCUGGGAAUAAAUAUAUACCUCUUUUGGUUUGCAGUGGCUUAUCUAGGAUUAUUGAUAUUGCAGGAGGGGUGGGGGGUUGGAUGGUUAAGUAAGGGGAUGUUAGCUGGCAAAAUAAGGUUAUAUGAGGUGAUUACUAAUACUUAAACAAAGUUUGCUUAGCUCAGAUUUUGUUUUUACUGUUGUUUAGAUAAAUCAGGUCAUAAACAUAGGAUUUAGGACCAAGAACAUAAUCUUUAAAAUAAUCUGGGUUUGGUUAAUUCAUUUUUAGUAAUUAUUAAUAACAAAAAUAAUAAUUUCUAUUACAUCAAUAAUAUACUUAAUUAGAAAUAUGCAAUGUAGUUGUCUUUAUAUACGGGAUAAUAUACAAUAAAGUAUAAUACAUACUCCAAGUAUUGAAAUGCACGCCAUCGUAUUGGGAUUCAAUAUUUAGACAUUAAUUAUGUCAUCAUCAGGAAUGAUGAUAAUAUACAAUUGAGUGCUUCUUGAAAGUGCCUAUUAUGAUGUGAUGAAAUGAAUGCAAAGAGAAAAAAUAUGUAAACUGUCCUUGUUAUUGAUAAAAUAUUACCAAUAGAGGGCUCAAUUUCUACAACAAACCUUAUUUCAGAUGGUUGAUAUUAAUACUUCUAAUCUCCUGUUUUAGGAAAUAAUGCAUGUUCAUACUGUAUAUACUCAUCUGGUUUAUCAUAUUUUUUCCGGGCCAAGUAUGAUAAUUCUUUUAAGGUAAAGGUGUGUGUUAUAUCACCACUCAUUAUCAUCUACCAAAAGUAUGCAUUGUUUUAUCUUCAUAAUUGGUCACUUUGGACUACAUCGCACAUAAUAUUGAUAACUUUAAUUCAACCUUACUAGUAUUCCCAGGGCCCUAGAGGCCAUUGUUGUUAACAUGCUCACCUUCAAGUUUGUCCCAGGGAAAGAAAUUAUUUUUGCUAUUAAAUAUUUAAUUUGCGCUGAAAUUUCAAUACAUUUUUGUGAAAAAGAGUGAUUUUCAUAACCAUACACAAAUUAUUUUAAGUUCCUUGUAUGGUCACACAUCAGGAUAGUCAUACAUCAGGAUACCCAUGCAUAGAUCAGAUUAUUAAAAUGAUUUUAUUUUUGUUAAUGGUGUAUUUUUACUAAUAACAAAAAUGUUUACUUUUAAUACUCAAAAUCAGGUAACUCAUAAUAAUAUUAUAAUUAAUAUUCAACCAUUUAUAUGAUAGCUAAUCACUUUUUUAAUACAUGUAUAAUACAGUAGAAUAUAUAAAAUGAAUUUUCAUUUCUAGAAAUUUGGGACUCAGUAUUGUAGUGUGUAAAUUAUUUAUCUAUUUCGAUAUUAAUAUAUUCAUUAUCAUAGUCAUACA